AACUCUCGCGACUCUGGCAACUCUCGCGACUCUGGCAACUCUCGCGACUCUGGUAACUCUCGCGACUCUGGCGACUCUGGCAAGUCAUCAGGGGCAAACCCGACCAACGCCGACCCGUGGCACGUUUCUGUGUGGGUAGAGAAGAAUGGCAAGAGCGCCCAUAAGUGCAGCGGUGUUCUGGUCGGCCAGAGAACGGUGUUGACCGCCGCCAACUGUACACGUGGAACGAAAUUCAGAGAUGUAUUCGUAAGGUAUGGCGGCCGACAAUAUAACGAUUUGGCGCAUGAGGUAGAUGUGGUGCGUAUCGAUGAACUUGAUAUACAAGGAAAGGGGUGGGGCAUUGCGGUGCUUAAAUUGAAACGUGAUAUCCCAACUGAAAAGGGCUAUAUAGAGCCUAUUUCGCUGGCGGAUGUGACUCCCAGUGAGGGCACGAAUGGUCACUUUACCGGUUGGGUACCGGAUACUAAUCCCAAAUUUGUAUUGAAACAUAACCGGGGGACUAUUGUGGACAAAUCCCAGUGCCGCACCAUUAUCCCACCCAAUAUGAUAUGCACUAAAUGGACUUACGGCGAAAAUUGUGUAGAUGAAGCUGGUGGACCAUUGGUUAUGAAUGGUAAAUUGGCCGGUAUUGUGACCCUUCAACCUGGCGAUUGCAUACAUAAAGCAAAUCAAGCCCACAUCGAGAUCACAUAUUAUCGCCCCUAUUUACCUAAAGAUGACGAUUUGUAA